UGCAGCCACCUGGAAGAAAAAACACAGUGGGAACAUCCUAAGUCUGGGAAGAGGAAACGUGUUGCAGGAGAACUGCCAUACGGAUGGGAGCAGGAGACUGAUGAAAAUGGACAAGUCUAUUUUGUGGACCACAUAAACAAAAGGACUACCUACCUUGACCCAAGAUUGGCCUUUACAGUUGAAGAUAACCCGGUAAAACCUACUACUAGACAAAAAUAUGAUGGAAACAGUACUGCAAUGGAAAUACUCCAGGGUCGUGACUUGAGUGGGAAAGUGGCUAUAAUCACAGGAGCAAAUUCAGGAAUAG